ACCAAACCCAAACGGACAAUCGUGGCAUUUAGUACUAGUUGGUCAUUUUCUACGAGGGACCCCGAGGGAGUGAAAAAGCGAAAUUGAUGUAAUUGAAGAGAGCCUGAGAGUUUGUUAGAGUAUAGCGGAUGCCCACCAGAUUGUUGGUUCCGAGCAUGCUAAUGCUAUUGGGUCCAAGCAUGCUAAUGCUCUCUUGAUGGAUUCGCGUUUUUGUGUGAAUGAUUUCGCAACAAGUUUUCAUUAGUGUAGAACUAGAACAACUCAAGGCAUAUAGAAGUAGAUAUUGAUUCUGAUUUCGUAGGCUUCCCGUCGGUGUCGGUCGACGGACAGUCGGCAGAAACACGUCGCAAAUGCCGCGUCGCAGCUUUUUCUUCAAAGAGAACUUGCUAGCCUUGACCAGUUUCUUGGCGACGACUUCCGCUACGGCUUCCGCGCAUGGGCAUCAACUACAAACUUCCAAGGCGGCGGCCAAGUCGGGAAACACGGCAACAGCCUCUGGCGGUGGGGACGAAAAUGAUGUGACUGCAAGCGACAUUCCGUCGUCCAAGAGCGUUGCGCUUGAGCUGGACACCGCCGGGGCGAGUAGUCCUUACUCGCGAGGAAGUAAACCCGCGUUCGCGCUGGGUGAAGAGGAAGACGGGGCAUCCCCGGCAGGACGGGAUCCAGAAGCGGACUUCCUCGAGCGCACCCACUCAUCGGCGCAAGCUUCCACAAGACGAGCCGCCACAAGAAAUCGACAAGAAAGCUCGAGAAGGAUGCGAGCAAACCCGUCCAAGCCGAGGAACAAAUGCGACAGAAACCCUCCCCACCCGUGUUGCGAAUACAAGAGCAAGCACGAGAGUGACUUUGCGCACCUUGCUGUGGAUGCGCUGUUUGUUCCAGACGGAAAUCUGUCAAGGUGGACGUGUGUGGAGAAAGGACACGCGGGACAAGAGUGCAACAACCUACGAGAAGACUUCUGCGCCGAUGAUGAUGAUCAAGAACAUGAAGAUGUUGAUUCAGCAGACGCAAUCUCUAGCUCCGGUUCGGCAAGGUCCUCCAGCUCGGGAAGCUCUUCCGGCUCGGGAAGCUCCUCGAGCUCGGGCGGACGGUUUUCACGCUUCCGGCAGUGGUGGCGGGAAGAUGACCACGAGCAGUAG